GUUGCGCUGUGUCACGUGACCUAUGUUGCAGGCAGUCAAAACAGAGCUCACCGUCAUUCUGGACGCUCGAGACGGAUCCUCGAAGGUCCUGGAACUGAGAGUUUUGUUUUUAUCUCGCACUUCAAUGAUGGACACACGAGGGUUCCACUGAUGAGAACAGUUUUUGUGCCGGGGUUAAAGUGGCGUCUGUUUUUCCCAGGACCAGCUUCCUGAAUGGCUGCUCUAGUUCACUGAGCCUCCUUUCUCAUCUGCGGUGGACGAAGGCCCUUUCAGAUUAAUUCUGACCAUCAGUGUUUCUACCAGCUGGAGUUCCAUCCUGGACUGACUGUAUGUGAUGGCUAUCAACACAGAUGUGGAAGACUGGGCUGCUAUCGGGAGUAAUGACCCAGGCGAGCGAGCGUGGCUCCUCCAGAGCCCCAGUGUGGAUACAGUCCAGGACCUCCACUCUGACAGGAGGAGGAGCGGGGGCGUCUCUUCUUUCGGAGCCGUCUUUAUUGUGGUGAACGCAGCGCUGGGAGCCGGUCUCCUAAAUUUCCCAGCAGCCUUCAGCAUGGCAGGAGGAGUUACAGCAGGAGUGGUCCUUCAAAUGUUCAUGCUCGUCUUCAUCAUCGGUGGUCUAGUGAUUUUGGGCUACUGUUCCCAGGUCAGCAAUGAAGGCACCUAUCAGGAAGUUGUUCGAGCCACUUGUGGCAAAGUCACAGGCGUUAUUUGUGAAGUUUCUAUCGCGGUCUACACAUUUGGCACCUGUAUAGCGUUUUUCAUUGUCAUCGGAGACCAGCUGGAUCGCUUGAUAGCUGCUAUGGCUCAUGAGCCCGAUGACAACAGUACGCCCCACUGGUACACCGACCGAAAACUGACCAUCGUGGUCACGGCUGUCCUGGUCAUACUCCCUCUGUCCAUCCCAAAAGAAAUCGGCUUUCAGAAAUAUGCCAGUACACUGAGUGUCAUCGGUACGUGGUAUGUCACCAUCGUCAUUAUUAUAAAGUAUAUUUGGCCAGGUGGCAAGGCGCCUCCACCCUACAUCCCCUCCAGUUCAGCAUCUUGGACAGCGGUUUUCAACGCCAUGCCCACCAUCUGUUUUGGUUUCCAGUGUCACGUCAGCUCCGUGCCGGUCUUCAACAGCAUGAGGAAGAAAGAGAUCAAACCCUGGGGACUGGUGGUGACUCUCAGCAUGAUCAUCUGCCUCUUUGUCUACACAGGAACAGGUGUAUGUGGCUACUUGACUUUUGGCUCCAACGUCAGUCAGGAUGUGCUGAUGUCAUACCCUCCUGAUGACAUCGCUGUGGCCAUUGCCCGAGCGUUUAUUGUCGUCUGUGUGGUCACCUCCUAUCCCAUUCUCCACUUCUGUGGCAGAGCGGUGAUCGAGGGUCUCUGGCUGCGCUUCCAAGGCGAGCAGGUUGAAGUGUGUGUGCGUCGAGAGCGGAGACGGCGGAUCCUGCAGACACUCGUGUGGUUUGUUGUCACUCUCGUCCUGGCGCUCUUCAUUCCGGACAUCGGUCGAGUCAUCUCACUCAUUGGAGGGUUGGCUGCCUGUUUCAUUUUCGUCUUCCCAGGCUUGUGUUUGAUGCAGGCAAAAUUGUCAGAGACGGACAGUCGGACCACAAGCUGGCAUGUGAUGAUGGUCUCCAGUGUCGUCAUGGUAACGGUCGGAGUGUUCAUCUUUGGCCUAACCACCACCAACUCCAUCUACCAAGAUGUCGUGAACUAAAAGAACAACCUUAUCGCUGAGUUUGCGGUGUGUUGCCGCGGACAACGGAAGGAAUCAACCCCUGCUGCUAUUCGUGAGAACAGGAAGUGAUCGACAACCUCAUUUUAAUCAUCACACCCUCAGAAGUAGAGUGCAUGCUGGUGCUUGGGACUGCUGCUCCUUCUGUAGAUUUUUAAAUGUUUUUAUUACCACAGCUGUUCUAAGUUUGUGUCCAGCGCAUUCCUGCGUGAACAGCUGAAGGGACGUAUGUAUUAUGUAGACCUCGUAAGUAGACUUUAAUGAUACUCUUGCACCGGUUUAUUUAAUAUGCAGAGCAUUUUAAAUAAAUCUCUUUUUCUUGAAAAGGACGUGAUAAAGUUCUCAGGACUUGUGUUUACUUUACAGAAAAAUUCUGCCAACUGGAUGGUGGGAUUAACUGCGACAACGUAACCUUCAAGAUAUUUAAUAGAUUUAGCAGGGUUUUUUUUAAUGCUCAGCGGACGAAUUCUGACAUUAGAAUUCAACACAUUACUCAUCCUGGAAUGAUUCUUGAGAGAUGACCCCACAUUUAAAGGUGGAAGUGAGAAGCAGUGAAUGUAAUUUGUCUUCAGUUCUUGCCUAUAAGUUGCUGUCUGACCAAAGCUGUGAAUGUGGUUCUUUCAAAGGGAUUUCUUUAUGUUGCUGCCAGUUUUUAUACCACUCACGGCCCAAAUAACACUGCACAUGUUGUAUAUUUGUUAUGAACAACUUAUGGUUGGAUUUUAAAAGACGAACCAAAGGGACUAAGUUCCAUUUUUACUCAUUGAAUUUGGGUUGUCAUACAUAUCUUGGGGUUCAGUUCUGGUUGUUUUAUCUUAUUUUUGUCAUUUGUGUAACCUGAUGUUUUUCCUUCUUAUGAAACUUUGUAAAUAGCAGACGUCGUAACAUUGCAACUUGCUGGUCGCCAAUUAGUGAAGACAAUAAAUAACUGACAAUCAUACAAAUCAUGUAAUAAAUAAACCUGAAAAACC